AUGUCGUCGUGGAGCUUCGCAAACGUCGGUCCUCAAGCCGACGCCUUGGACGAGACCCCCGAGACCUUCCAGGACUCUGUCAGAUUCAAGGAUAUCGGAGGAGAAUCAAAGGUCCGCCUCUCGCAGGCCUGGCCAGCAGACAAACAACCUCCUGCCUGGGCUUCCCUCUUGUCUAUUGCGUCCACCAAGAAACUCAUCGCCGCUGGAACCUCUGAGUCUGUUGUACUAGUGUCGUCUGAUACAGUGCGAAAAACAUACUGGGAAACCGAUGCUGCUAGUGCCGAGAAGAAACCCAAGGAUAUCACACCCCAGCUCUCCCUCUCGGUCCCACAAGUCUCGCAUGUCGCCUUCUCAGCAGAUGAGAGCUCACUGGUCAUCGCUGCACAAGAAGGAGGAGGUCUGGCCGUAUACGAUGUCCAAGCAUUGCUUCAGGGAAACAAUGAGUCGGCAUUUCAACUAGCCACCAACGGCAUCUCGAUCCGCGCGCUUGCACCAAACCCAAGUCCUGACAACGCGCAUCUUUUCGCUGUCGUUCUGACUGAUGGCAAAUUGAUGCUCGCCGACUUGAAGCAACGCUCGUUCAGUUCCGUUUUCCGCGAGGGUGUCAGGUGCGUCUCCUGGAGUGUCAAGGGCAAGCAGCUUGUCGCUGGUUUGGAAGAAGGAGGUGCUGAGCAAUUCGACCCUCAAGGCACUGUAAAGGCUCAAAUCCCCAAACCACCCCAGCUCGCCCAAGCAGCUCCUAUGUCGAGCAUCGUCUGGAUCGCGAACGAUGAUUUCUUGCUCAUUCAUACUCCCAUCUCUGAGGAUGAAGCACAAGAUUCAUCUUACCACCUGGUGCACAGAGACAAGGCAACAGGCGCUUUCACAUCGCAAGCUUUUGCCGGAGAUCCAUGCAUGCCUGCUCUUGAUUCGAAGCGUUUCCCCUCACACUUCCUUGUGUCCAGACUGAGAAAGUUCCCACCAACCUUGGACGAUAUGCUGAUUCUCUGCUCCUCUGCUGGAAGCGAAGUUGGUCUCAUCACCAACUCUUCACAACCACUGGCAAAUGGCGGACCUGCAAACACCUACACUGUUACCAGCAUGGAAACCGAUUCAGCUCGUGCUACAUUGCCUAUGAGCAUUCUGGAUGGCAUGUCUGAUACCUCCGCUGUCGGAAUGGAUCUGGAUCUUUCUUCAACGGACAAAGUCAUGCAGCCCAUCCCAGGAGACGAUCUCGAGUCAACGGGCCCUCUGCCAGCACUCAUGGUCCUGAACAAUGAGGGUCUCCUUUGUACUUGGUGGAUCGUCUACAAGGACGCUGUUCGUCAAGGACUCCCUUACCCUGGUCUUGCGUCCGUGGCAUCUACUCAAACACAAGCUGCUCCUCCUACUCCAGCCACACCCUCCACACCAGCUGCUACAGGUUUUGCAGCAUUCGGCAAACCUGCGUUUGGACAGGCAGCUACUCCUGCGUUCGGGAAAACAUCUACUCCCGCGUUUGGACAAGCAUCAACACCAGCCUUCGGGAAAACAUCAACCCCUGCUUUCGGUCAGCCAUCACAGCCCGUAUUUGGGCAAGCAGCUACACCAGCUUUUGGUAAGCCGUCUACACCAGCUUUUGGACAGCCCUCUCAACCAGUAUUUGGCUCCAGUGCACUUGGCAACAAAACUUCACCAUGGGGUCAGCCUGCUGGACAGUCCACAAUUGCGACUCCACCCAAGGGUCAGGUAUUUGGUUCGGCGCUGGGCGGUACCAGCGGCAACACGACUUUUGGAUCAUCUAGUGCAUUAGGCAAUAAAACACCAGCCUGGGAGUCUUCGUCGUCCAUUUCACAGUCUGCUUUCGGCAAGCCUUCAGAAUCUGGCGCAUCUGGUUUCGCAAAGUUUACUACACCUGCCAAGGAUGAAAACAAGCCAUCUGUAUCUCCAUUCGCAGCCAUUGGCAACAAAGAUCAAAACAAGUCCUCUUCUCCCUUUGCAGCAUUUGCAACUCACAAACCCUCGCCUCUUUCCUUCAGUUUUGGACAGCCAAGUACAGCUGCUGCUACCCCCGAAAAGGCAGCAGAGGAGACGAAGGAGGAGGCUAUGGAUGACGAGCCUGAGGAGACUCCUCAAGAAGAAUCCGCCAAGGAGACCCCUGCUACCAAGGUCGAACCAUCUAAGCCACAGACAACCACAUUUGGACAGCCGUCAGAAAAGCCGCAGUCAUCUAUCUUCGGACAACCAUCUGAAAAGCCGAAGACCUCAUCGCUAUUUGGUACAACGCCAGAUAAGCCCAAAACAUCGGGUCUGUUCGGGCAAUCAACUGAUAGCACCAAGUCAUCUGGAUCAGUCUUUGGUCAACCUGCCAAGCAGACUGGAUUCCAGUUUGGUAAGCCCUCUGGAAAACCUUCCUCUCCACUCAGCAGGGAAUCUUCGCCUGACAAGCCUUCGAAACUGCCUACAUUGGGUGGUUUCAAGCUUGGCUCCACUUUCCAAGGUCAUGGAAGUGCGAAGGACGACUUGCCUGCUUCUAAGCAAGGUGGUGGAUCUCUGUUCGGAUCCAGUUUCAGCAACAUGCUAGGUGAAGCUAGCAAGCAGACUAAACUGCCUACACCUAUCAAGAAAGAGCCUGCUACUGAAGCGCCAAAGUUAAACGACAUCCCAGCCAAAAAGGCCGACGAACUCACUGUCGAGGCCGAGGAAGCUCCACUUCCUCCGGACUUCACAUCUUCCAAACCCAAGCAAACAGUGGAAGAAGAGGUUCCUCCCAUUGCAGGCAGUCCUCCUGUCGACCUUGGCGAUGAAUCUGGCCAGCUACCAGCAAGUGAAGAUGAAGAGGAGGGAGAGGACGAGGAAGAGGAAGAGGAUGGAUCCUGGGUUCAAGACGAUGGUGAAGAUGGUGAAGACGAGGAAGAUGAGGAAGAGGGUGAAUCCGGCGAUGAAGAAGAGUAUGACGAAGAAGAUGAGGACGAGGAAGAUGAAGGCGAAAGUGAGGCUGAAGAGCCUGAGAACACCUUCGACAUUGAGAAGGCAUCGAAGACUCCCUUCGGCUCCCGUCUCAGCUUCCCUUCUCUUUCUCACUCAACGGGCAACGCUGGCAAUCUCUUACAACCAACCUCUCCAGUUCCCUCGACAACGCCUGCUGGCUUACCCAAAGGUCCCUUCUUCGCACCGCCGUCAAAGUCACAAGAUUCGCCACGCUCGCCAUCACCGAUCAGACAAACAUCAAGCACUCCAGCAGGUCUUCCAGCAUCGAGACAACAUUCGCAACCAAUUACCGUGCCUUCGUUGAAGGGACCAUUCAAGAGCUCCAAGUCAUCUUCCACACCAAAACCCGAAUCACCUCAAGUGCCUGAUGCUGGAGAGCUCAGCGAUGAGGAAGAUGUUCGUGUGCGUGAAUUACUUGCUUCCGAGGUUGAGCCAUCUAUGGAUCUUGAGCCAUUCAUCGCUCAUCAAGACUACGUUGGCCGUGUCAACAAGCUUGGUAUCGCAGGUCAGAUCGAGAAGGUCUACCGUGACAUCAACAGCAUGAUUGAUACCCUUGGUUUGAAUGCACGCUCACUCGAGUCGUUCGUCAAAGGCCACGAGACUCAAUACAAGCAAGCUGGUCGUGAACGCAGUGAUCUCGAAGAAGCCGAAGAAUGGUGCCUCGUUGAGGUCAAUGAGCUCGGUGUUGUUCAGAAAGAGAUUGCCAGUGACCUCGAAGCCGGAAAGGUCGAUGGUGUUGCACAAAAACUCGACGAACUUGCUGAGCUGCAAAAGGAUGCCACAAGACUGCGCACAAGAACAGUAGACAUGAGAAAACAGAUUGGCGCCCGUGCGGAUCCUCAGCAACGUGCAACACACCGUGCUUCACCACUCACCAACGACGCUCAGAUGCAGCAGAAUGAGCUCAGAGAAGGUGUAGCCAAGGUGCAGAAGCUGCUUCAAGAUGCUGAAGAAGCUUUGAGUGUUCUCCGUGCUGACUUGGCCGCCGCCCCUUCCCAAGGACCUGCUACUCAACGUGUUCCCACCGUAGAGGCCGUCACCAACACGAUCAUGAAGAUGACUGCCAUGAUCGAGCAGAAGUCGGGCGAUGUCGACGUGCUCGAAGCACAGAUUCGGCGCUUGCCUGGUGGCAUCGCCAAUCUCAACAUUUCCGACAGCAACGAAGACAUGCUCCGUAGCAGCAUUCGCAGCGUCCGUCCUUUGGAACGCUCGACUAGUGGUAAUCUGUUCGGCACACCACCUGCGACACGCGGCAAGAAUGCUGUAGCGAAUGGCGCCACUCCUCUCGGUAUCUCGGGCAUGCUCGGAAGAUUCGGCGGCUCGUUGCGUCGCGAGAAUGGUGAUGCUGAAUUUGGACGUAGCAGUAUCAUGCUGGACGGCACACCUCGCAGGAAGAUGGCAGAUGUGAGCAUCGAGGAGGUCAGAAGAUACCAGGACAGAGCCGCACAGCGCAAGAGAGUGCUUGCCGCUCUGAAGCAAACUGUCGAGAAGAAGGGUACUAGAGUCACUGGUGUUGGAAAGACCUGA